CGGGUUCGGAGCCGUUCCGGAUGCUUUAGGCUGCCGGAUGUCUGAUCUCCGGAUAACUGAGGCGUUUCUGUACAUGGAUUAUCUGGGACUUGGCAAAGAAUUCUAUACAUCGCUGAUACUUUACAGAAGAAUCCAAAUCAUGACUUGCUGUCAGAAGUCUUUGGAUGAAAUUUAGAAUUGUGGAUGGACAUAAAGUAAAUCAAACUUUAAUUAUUGAUAUUUUCGUGUGUUUUAGAGCACUCUGCUGCAAGGGACCACCACCUGCACGACCUGAAUAUGACCUGGUUUGCAUAGGCCUCACAGGCUCUGGCAAGACCAGUCUAUUGUCAAAGCUCUGCAGUGAAAGCCCUGAGAACGUCGUGUCGACCACAGGUUUUAGUAUAAAAGCAGUGCCAUUCCAGAAUGCCAUCUUGAAUGUAAAGGAACUUGGAGGGGCUGAUAAUAUCCGGAAAUAUUGGAGUCGCUACUACCAAGGAUCUCAAGGGGUAAUAUUUGUAUUAGACAGUGCCUCUUCAGAAGAUGAUUUAGAAACUGCUAGAAAUGAACUGCACUCAGCUCUUCAGCACCCACAGUUAUGCACUUUACCCUUUUUAAUAUUGGCCAAUCAUCAAGACAAGCCAGCUGCUCGAUCAGUCCAAGAGGUCAAAAAAUAUUUUGAACUUGAACCCCUUGCACGUGGGAAACGCUGGAUUCUACAGCCCUGCUCGCUGGAUGACAUGGAGGCACUGAAAGACAGCUUCUCUCAGCUGAUCAAUUUGUUAGAAGAAAAAGACCAUGAAGCUGUAAGAAUGUGAAAUCUGGCAAAGAACACGGGUUCCCAAAGGCCUUGAACCUAUCAUGUUAGUUUUUCAUUUUAUUUUUAUUUUGGUAUCAAGACUUUAAUGGCUUCAGUGUCUCUUUUCCUCUAGUUAUCUCGGACUCUCAUCUCUCUAUUAAAGUGAAUAUUCUGUAAAUCAGGUGAAUUAUCAUCGGCAUUAAUGUCAACUACACACUACUGAAAGAGAAUUUAUUCUCUGUUUACCACUAAUUAUCUUCACCGCAUGUCUCUUCCUUCUGUUCUAAGCAGCUCUUCUAUACUCUGUGCUAAAAUGGAUGGAAUUCGUGGCUCACAGAAAUCAAAUCCCUUAUGAAGGGACUCAGGGAGACUCAGAACCUUGACUCAUUUUCCCUGGGUUUGGGGGUGGAGCGUUAUGUGACUGGGGCUCCUCAUUUUAUGUCUAUUGUUUCCAAGAUCUUUUGGGGGUUUUAUUUUAUUUUAUCAUAUUUUAUUCUUGAGUUUUUUUUGUAUACGGGCCUUAUAGAUAAUGAGAGAAAAAUGAGCACCAAAAACUUCAAUGAAUCUCCUUAUCAGAGAGGAACAUCCUUCCAAGAUAAAAUUAACAUGGAAGAACUUAAAGACAAGAUGCAUAAUUUCCUUGAUUCCAUCUGAGGUCUCACUCCCCUCUCUUAAGAGCAAAAACUUUCUGUUUUUGAGACAAGAGAGAAUUUAGGCACAAUGCAUGCGUGCAUCACUGAUGACUAUUUCAUCGAGUCCUCAAAUAUUUUUUUAGUGGAAAGAUUCCCCUGCAUAAAGUCAAGCUGCAACAUAACAGAGGUAUCUUUUUCUAAAAAUCUAAAUUGUCUGAUUGAAAGAGAGAAGAUAAUUUUUAAAAUAAUAGAUAAAAAUUUUAAAAACAGCCAAAAUGAAAUAUGGUUUAUACUGACGAGGUUUAAGCUGGCAUGGAUUUGACAAAGAAAACAAAGAAUCAUCUGUAUAUUCAUUCAUUAAGUGCUAAUGGAGUUUAACGGAGUCGCUGAUUGUCUCCAACAAGUAAUUAAAGGUCUAUCAGUAUUCCUAUUAUAAACCUCUAUUUUCAGGGGUUUCACUGUGCCCUUAAAAAAAUGUGCUGGGGCUGCAGCAAAUCAUUUUAGGGCCUAGAUCCAGUCUUUGGAACUUUUUUUUUUUCAUUUAAUUUAAAUGAUAAAAUUAUGUAGAGAUAAAUGUGCAGUUUUACUAAGGUUUGGCACCACUGACCUUUUCUAAAUCAAGAAUAAUCUAUGGAUAUUGAAGUUUAUGGAUGUAAUACUCUUUGGCAUAUUUUGUAGACUUUUGACCACUUCAAACACAAAAUGGCCAAAUGAUAGAAAACCGCUCCUUUCACCUGAGCAAUAAAAACAUGUUUGUAAUUUUUAGGUAGCACAGACUGGUUCUCAAAUACCACAGACUCUCACUGUAUUACACGGUGAUGUAAUACCUUGUAAUUCUCCAGAAGAUAUAUAUCAUUCAAAUACAGCUUUUGUGGUUUAAUCUUGUAGGUGGAUUUUAAUGAAAUCAUUACCUUUGAAACAUCGACCACUUCUUUAAGCUCACCCCCCCCCAUGGAAUGGAUCCAAAAAGGUGCAUAUUCGAUCUUGUCUCCAGCAUCCUUGAAUAUUUUUCACUGUGUAAUCCGCGAGCGGCGCAAAACUUUUAUUCCGACGACCAGUUACACAAUCCCUGCUUUCAUUUUUGUUCUGUUGCGCUCAUCUUCUGUGACAAAUAAAUGAUUAUUAGGCAUUGCUUUCUCGGCAAGUUCAUUAAAUGUAGAAUGUUGUCUUUUUAAGACCUGGUGGCUGAGUGCUCCUUAGCCAUCUGUUUAAUGACUUCCCGUUGUGUGUGUGUGUGUGUGUGUGUGUGUGUGUUCAUGUGUGCGCCAGUGAUGGGCUUCUUCUCAGACCCACGACUGUCUGCAGUGUCUCAGCCGUCAGAAUGAAAACAUUAUCAAUCAGUACCCAACAACAGCUGUUUUUGACAAGUUUCUGUCUGACGCCUAAUGCUUUACAACUGUCAAUAAGGCUCCUUCUUUGUCUGGCAGUUCGGAGCUGGCCGUCUUGCUGCUUCCGAGCGGCAUCCUAUCCUUGUAACUCUAGAAUUGGCUGUUUUGGAAAUCCACUUGGGGGGUGGGGAGGGGCCUUGGACGGGCGAGCGUGGGUGGGUGGUGGGUGGGUGGUAUGUGUGUGUAUGUCUCUCCCUACUUCCGUGUAGAGUGCCACAGGUGUCUUAGUUUGCAUAUUCAACUAUUAUAUAGGAAAAACAGUCUGUUAUGUAUUUCUUCACUUAGCUUCUUGUUAUAUUUAUGGAAGUUACUCGUUUUUGUACCUUCUUAGCUAAAGCAGUUGCCUUUUUGUAAUGGCAAUUAAUUUAUAUGACAAAACUUUGUACCUACUGUAGUUUAUAGUAUCGGUUGCUAAUUAACUGCCAUAGUGCCCUGUCUUUCUAUUAAAAAAAAAAAAAAAUCUGUAUCUAUACUUGGAGGGUAACAGAUUCAUGUGGACAGUUGCCAGACAAGAAGAACUUGUAUUGUCCUUGAUUUAUAUAUGAUUUCCACUAUCUUCAAAUGAAAAUAAACGCUGAGUAGAAUUGA